AUGCUCGACGCCCUCGCCUACCCGCACAUCUUUGACGCCGUCCUGUCCUACAGCGGGUGGGACGCGCUGCUGUCCCUCCGGCCCACCUGCACGAGCGUGUGCGCGCGCGUCGACGCCAUCCUGGCACAGCACAUCGCCUUCACCCCGGAGGGGUGCUACGCCGUCGCGACGCACGGCGUGAGCCCCGCCGCGCCGCUCCCGCCGCGGCCGGCCAAGAUUCUCGCGGAGAAGCUGUACGAGCUCGAGCUCAAGCCCCGCCCCGGGCGGCCAGCGAAGCGCAUCAAGGUAGGCGCGGAGCAGGUGCGCACGCUGCUCAAGAUCCUAGCUGCGGGCCCGUCGGACGAGUGGGACGUCGUCGUGCACCCCGUCGAGGAGGAGGACGACGAGGACGGCUGCUUCCCGACGCAGCAGGGGAGCGCGCUGCGCCGCCUGCCUGUCGCCCGAGCGCGGCGCGGCGCCGACGGCGACGACAACGACCGGCGCGCGCGAUACCUCGCCGCCAUUGCGCACACGGCCACGCUCGACAGCCACAUGCAAGGCCUGGCCAUCUACCCCUCUGGCCGGAUGGCGCUGGCCGCCGAGCUGCCCCGUGUGCAAACUGUCCGGUGCCACGGCGCAGCGGUGUACAACGCGAUCCCGACCACGCUCGUGGUGUUCGCGCACGCCCAGCCCGGCUUCCAGAAGCCGCCCCGCCUGCGCGCCGGCGUGCCGGCCAUCAAGGCUGGCGUCGGCCGAGUGGUGCUCAACGUCCGCGUACCCCCUGGCGGGGGCUCAGCGCGGGUCGACACGCUCGUGCUGCCCCCGAGUGUGGGCGAGGUCGUCGUGCUCGUCGGCGAGGGAGGCGAGCGGGUCGACAGCGCGGUCGACACGCCGCUCCGCCUCCUCGACCAUCUCGUGCAGGGCCUCGUGCCCAAGCUCCUCAGCGUGCGCUACACGCUCGUCAGCGCCGAGGGGUGGGACGCGGCGUGGGUCCACGAGGCGUCAGCUGCGGGCUCGUCUGGCGCCACCAAGAAGAGCAGCAUGCCCCAGCGUGUGGCGGGCCUCAUUCGUAACCAGGUCGACAACUACGGCGGCAGCAGAGGAUGGACGCCCGAGAUGAUGGCCGCGGCUAUCGCCAACGUCGAGUUCGUGCCCCUCGGCGCGUACCGCGCGCGUGUGGGCGAGGAGGCCUUUCGCCUCGAGACGGUCGCAUAG